AUGAACUUGCUACCGGCGUUCAUCAGCGUGUUUGGCGUUCUGCUCCUCUAUCACUUUGUCAGCAGGAAACCGCCAGUGGAAAUCACAUUUGAACAGUUAGAACAAUUGCUUGGCAGUGAGGUGAUCAAUUUCACGCAAGUUCGGUUGUUCCAUGUGAACAAUACUCUGACAACCCUCAACAGAACGUGGGAAUUGCUGGAGGACUUGGAUAACCACUGGAUUAUGACAACCAUCCUACGAGAUCGUCAUGCUAUUCAGGGUCCAAUUUUGUUUCAAUAUGUUCGGAUUUGUGACUAUUUAAAUAGUGAACAAUACAGGGCUGACUGGAGAAAACUCGGCAUGGAGAGCAAUCAUCCGCAACCUCCUCGCAGUAACGUCAAACUGUGUCCGUUUCCGAAGGGGCACUAUCAUUUGCGUAAUUUACGGUUGAGCAGAAAUCUUUAUGGGGGGAUUUUGGACAAAGGACAAUAUCAAAUGGAAGUUUGUCCCUCCGAGAACGGAAUCGUAAAGGUGGCCCUGGUUUUGAGUUUUAGCGUUAGGCAGGUUUCGCGUGGAUACAGAAUUUUCUAAAAUUUUAAGCUUGUUCUUCUGAAUAAAUAUACAAGGGAGUUGUUUCUUGUAACUUAACUAUCUCAUCACCUUACUAUGAAUAGUUUAUAUGGAAUAAAAAGCUGUUGAUGUUGAUAAUAUAAUUUAGACAGGUUGGGUGGUUGUGUGUAAAAGACUGUAUGGUAGACUGGAUAAAAUGUUCUUAAGACUUAAGACUGUACGGUAGACUGGAUAAAAUGUUUCAUAGUUACGGAAAAAAAUAAUAAACUAAAAAUUAUUGC